AUGGUCAAAGCAGCCGUACUGUCUAGUUCGGAAUGGACUUGAGUUGGGAAAUGUCAAGCUUGUUUCAGUUGAUUUUAUUUGGAUUCAAUGGUAAAAUUAUGUGUGUGGGAAUUAAAAUCACCGUCAGUGUAGCCGUUUCCUAAAUAUGGGGCAAAUCUUCUCAAUACAAACUCAUCAUACUCGCUCCAGCGUGAUUCAGUGAUUUGUCGUGAUUUUUUGAUGAUAUCUCUUUCUUUUUGGUUCAGCCUAGAAAAAAUAUUGACCCUCGAACAUUUUUUUAAUGAUAUUGCCUGAUUCUAUUGAUGACUGGGAUAUGAGCGUUGGGGCUGUAAUUCAUGCUGGAGGGAGUAUGAUGAGUUUAGACCACACUCAUAGAAAAUGAAUGGCAGAGUCAUCAGGAAUUCUAUUUCCGGGCAGCCAUCUUGAGGCGGUGCCACUUGCAGAAAAAAAAAACAAUUGAAUGGGCUUGAAUGGAACCACGUGAUCACGUUUCCUUUCCAGUUAUAUUUCAGUUCAAUUGUAUAAACAAACUGAAUCGGUUUCAUCGUUCAAGUGUGAAGUACUGUGUACUCCAAUUAUCCCCCGGAAGUGUUUAAAGGUUCUUGCUGACGUCUGGAAGUUACAGGAAAACCUUUCCCAAACAAAUCCUUGCAGUCGUGUGACAUUCUGUGCGGGUUUGUAGUGAACUGAUUUGUUGCAGUAAAUAACUUUUUAAGCAUUCUUGACAUUCGUUCUUACAGAUGUUUGUUGUUGAUUAAAUUGCUAGAUAUAUUACCAACAGCGGUGAGCGCUUACAAGCUAGAAUGGCUUAUUACUGUAUUGAUGUUCAGAAACAGUUGCAGUCUAUUUUGGAUACGUUGACAAAAGACGCUGUGGCUGAGAUAGGAAAACUUAUUGAAGAUGGUUCCGCUGUUCUGCGUUUGGAAAUUAUUCAUAGUCAGAAGGAGAACGAAACGCUGAAGAUGAAAUUGCAGGAGAUGGAGAGUGAGCUGAAGACUGCCCGUGAGAACGGGAGGAAAAGAGACGAGUUUAAGGAUGUGUUUGCGACGAGGUACUGUUUACCCACGGAGGAGGAGGACCGACACUGUGUUGUGGCAGAGCAGAGCAGUGAACUCCUCUCUGAAUCAGUCAUUAAGAAGGAAAGACAGGAGGAUCAGGAGAACAGCUUGGGCGGUGAUUGGAGGGGGGACAUUUUAGAAGCUGAGAGGAGAGCUGGAGCUGAAUGGGACUCCAGGCUGAAUCGGGACUCGGAGGCUGAAGUCCAGCCCGGCCCGGUCGCAGCCCCAGAGCAGUUGGGCUGGGCGGAGCCAGACAUGCUGCAGGAGGACAGUGAGGAGGCCUAUGCAGAUUUCUGCUACGCUACCGAGGGGGGUGCGUUUCCUGUCCCAGAGGGGGGUGCGUUUCCUGUCCCAGAGGGGGGCGUGUCGGGGGCAGGGCCCUUUAAACAGGAAGCGGGCAUGCAGCCCGUGUGGCCUGAGGAGGCGGGGUCAGGAAUAGGCCCCUCCCAUCAGGGGGGGUACAGGGAGCAGGCGGAGAGCAGGGUGGGGGCUGGGAGGGCCCGUCCCGUGGGGCGCCAGCAGCAGCUGCUGAGGCCGUGCUUGGGGAGGGUGGGGUCCCUCACUCUGCAGAACUCUGCCGGAAAGUGCCAGAACCUCUCCCCUGUCCAGAGAAACCACAAGAGAGACCGGCAGUUCAGCUGUGCCACCUGCGGGAAAGGCUUCUUCAGAAAGCACCACCUGAAGUCCCACCAGAGGACUCACACUGGAGAGAGACCUUACUGCUGCAAGUACUGUGGGAAGGACUACAAGCAGCUGAGCAAUCUUAUCAGCCACCAGAGGAGUCACACUGGAGAGAGACCGUACGGUUGUACCGAGUGCGGGAAGUGUUUCCACCGUCUCGACAAUCUUAAAGCUCACCAGAGGAUUCACACGCGGGUGCGAAAGUUUGUCUGUUCAUUUGCUAAUUGCCAGGAAAGCUUUGAUCAGAAAUACCUGUUUGAAAGCCACCAGCUGUCUCACGUCAUCUGAAAAUGAGUUUUUUCUAUCUGUUCAUUUUGAGCAGAAUCUGAAUCUUAAUGUUUAUGUUCUUUCAUUUCUCCUGCAAUAUAAUGUUCCUGCACCGUUUAGUAUGAAAUUAAAUAAAUGGUUCAUUUUGUUCCUUUUCUCCCACAUUGAAACUAACCUUACAGACCCACUUGGAUGAUACCGAUCGAUAGUGUCGUAACUAGCCAGAUAGUUUGAUUUUAUAAGAUUAAAUCUUAACACCAAACUGUGUCUAGAACAGGGAUGGGCAAGGCAGAGUUAUGUAAUUAGCCUAGUCAUUUUUAUUAUCUAAUUUAUAAGUGAAUCGGUCAUGGUGCAUAUGGCUAAUUAGCUGAUUGAGCCAGGAUAACUGGUGGCAGCAAAUUCUGCACACACACAGGACUGGAGCUGCCCAUCCCUGCUAUAAUAUUGACGUAGCCUCCCUUAAAUAAGACUUAUCCUGGUGAAAGAGAAAAAUAUGUUUUUUUACUGUCCUGGAAACUGCUACAACUUCAUUAUUUCUUUAUCGACACUAAAACAAAUGUUAACGCUUGAUCAGUCAAGUCAGUUAUUACUGGUUACCUAAAUUCUAACAAUGUUUUUUCUCAGGAGCAACAGUGCUCAUUUUGUUUUUGUUUUUGUUCCUACAAAAAUGGAUUUUGUUUUUUUCAGUUGGAUAACUGCACAGAAAAGGUUUUAUAUUUCACUCGGUGUUUCAGAUUUGUGGGUUUACUGCUGACACGGGCCGCUGGGCCCCAUCCUGGGGGGGUCUGUCCUGUGUAAAAUAACGUAACGCGUGAGUUUCUCUGUAACGAUGUAGCAGUGGCAUUGGAAAGGGCAUGUUGAGCUGGGACUGAUGAAGACGACAACGUUGCUUCUGUGUCGACGCCAAACAAUCACGGUCUUGCUUUAACGCACAUGUUUAAAUUCAGUGCGGAACUUCAAUUCAAAACUCCCAUUUCAUUCUAAUGACUUUGUAUUGUGCCAAGUUUCAGCAAGAAAUUAUGCCUAGUUAACCACUGUUUAAAUCUGUUUAAAAUGAAAAUCAGUAUUAUAUAUAAAAUUUUCGUGUGACGACUGUUACCCCCGUUAAU